GAUCAUUCCUCUGUAUAAUUUAUAGUCACAACGAAACGAUCCUUGCCCAAUGAUGGAUUUCCUGAAAGGUCACAGUGGCGGUGAUGGCGAAAGGCCACCUCUUUACUUCCCGCAACCCGAAGAUUCUAUACCAGCGAAAUCAGACGGCGAAAUGGGUCCGAUGGGUCCUUGGGCAACUGGGCGCACAGUUUUUACACCACAAGGAGGUUUUACCGGCUUGAGACCGAUCUGCGACCGGUAUUCGAUAACGCAGUUCAGCCCUGGGGAAUGGAGAGCGCACAACCAGACCUUCUUCCAAGAGUCCAACAAAAUGAUACACGAUGCUCAAUUGUCGGCCUAUAAUGGUAGGAACAGUAUACAGCGGGUAUUCAAAGAAUCAGAUAGUCAGCAACAGGAGAACAAAGAAAGGUUGAUGACGCGAGCCGGUGAGGUGUUUAAAUGGAAAAGCGAAUUGGAACGGGAACUUCAGUCAAUGACGGAGGAAAUAGAUCUACUGGAAGUGGAGUAUCGACGAGUAAGAGCGUCUUUGUCAGUUCUGACUAUUCCAGAAUCGAUUGCCGGGGAAUUCCUUCAGCUAAGAGCCACGCGACUGGAGCCUGAUCUCGUUCGUGACGAUGUGGAUGCAGAACUGAUAAAAGAACUUGGCCUGUGCACUGAGAUCAGGGAGCUUCUGAGCAGAACUAAAGAACAGAUCGAGAGACAAGCCCUUGAACUCAAGGCUGCAAAGACACGACUAGAAUUUGACUGGACCGAUAAAAAAGAUGCUUAUGAAAUAGACGCCCAAUGCAUAGGACUGACCAAUGAUUCUCCCCUGAUUCUAUGGAAAGCUGGUGCUGCAAGAAUUCCAGGCGAACAAUCAACACCUGCUGGAUACGAGCACAUGACCCGUGAAGCCCUCGCCCAGGCUGAAACAACGCGGCAAAAAUCAGCGACUCUGCGCUCAACGUUAGACUCAAUUUAUGUGAACUCAGUCCGUGAUCUUCGCACUCAAGCUGAUCGAGUCGACGCAGCAUUGGCCCAAAAAGUUAGCAUAACUCAGCAAUGCUGCGAACGUCUCGAAAAGGAAUUACUCAGGUGUCUCUAUGAGAUCUCUCAAGUAGAGGAUUCUAUCCAGAAUCUAAAGGAUUCCACUAAAAAUCUAGAUAAUACAUUGAAAGUUGCCCAGAGUCGCUUGGAUAACAGAUUACUUCGACGCAAUGUUGAAAGUUGUCGCGAUGUGCCGCAAUUUGGAUUAAUCGAGGAGGUGAAAACGCUGGGAGAAAACAUAACGAUGAUGAAGGGCCAGAUAGAAAGAGCGGAACAAUCGCAGAUGGGAUUGGUCAAAGCUCGCGGCAAUUUGGAACGUGAGAUAAUUGUCAAAAGGAAAUCACUUUACAUUGACCGUGAUCGAGGACAGCUCUUACGUUCCUUUUAUCCUUCAGCGGUGGCUCUGUCAGGACACUCCUGAGCCUGGUUCUUGGUUAAAUCAUUUUUGAUAUAAGUCAAUUUUACAGAAUUUUUAAAUGAGUUUUACGAUUUUGUUAAUUUUUUACAUACCAAUGUACUAUUGUUAUACGUUUAUUUGAAUAGAACUUUUAUUUGAUGAUUCAAAGUCGCGGUGUAU